ACUACUCAAAUUUGAUUAUCACAUAGAAUUACAUUUGUAAAUGGAUUGAGAGAAAACAACACUACAACUUCGAAAAAUCUCUGGAAUAAUCAAAAAUUUUAUUGCUUCGUUGUUUGCCGAAUAAAUUGUUGUCGCAGACUGCCCAAGAUGCCUUUUAUUCAGCGAAUGGUAAAGCCAGUUUAUUUGAAGAAACAUGAUAAAAAGAGCAACAGAUCGUUAUUCGAAGAUUUUAAUGAGGUUAACAACUACACAAUGGCAGGAGCAGUAAUGCAACUCGCAAACCUAUGCCGACAUGCCGAAGAAAUAUUCGGAGAAUUAAACAAAGAAUGUCUGACCGUCAACAAACGUUGUCGCAAGGCUUCACAGAGAAUUCAGAAACUUCAAAUACAAGCUGAUUCAUUGGAUCACAAGGCUGUGAAAAUCCCUGUUUCUGAUUUGGACGUGGAACAAGGUAUCCCAUAUCAUCUUCAAUACCGAUCACCGAAUUCAAUUGAGGAAGACUUAUUCACAAUGGAUUCCAGAAUUCCUUGUGUGAUACAUUUACAUCAGAAAGACGGGCAGGAUUUGAACUACUUACUUCGCGGUGUUGAUGCUUAUUCAAAAUCUGUUGCAAGACCAAAAUCUCUCGACCCAAGAUUAUUGAUGGACGAGAUGGACUACGAAGAUCCAGACGCGUACUCGUCUCGAUCACCGAGAAACUCGAGUUUCUUUUCAACGUCUUCUCACGUAAACAAUAGAGUAAAUAAAGAUCAGGAGUCUUCAACAGUAACUCCGGAUCAGAAGAUGAAAAUUGACUCAUCAUCUUCUAACAUAGACAUCAUCAAAGUUGAUACAUCCGGAGCCAAAUUUGAACGUCAAGCAAAUCUUCGUCGUUCCCAACGUUUGUCGUCAACUUCCCAGAUUCGACAAAGAGCCAACGCAUCACAGAGACGACAACUUCGUCACAAGCAUAAGACUCUGACAGGAUUGCCAUCAGAAAUAGUCAAUAGCGGUGUACGACCCUACAGUCUACAUUCAGACGCCAACAAUUCCUACAUUGAAGGAGGAUUAAGCGACGAAUCGAGGUCUUUGAUAAACGGUCACGUUGUGUCGCCAAAUCAAAGAAACGCUGAAAUUCAAACCGAUGACGUCAAAGUCCUUCCAAUAACUCCGUCACAGCGAAGGAUGAAACAAAAAACAAUUAAAAGCCACCACGCAAGUCCAGCGAGCUCACACGGAUCCACAGAAUUUUUAGAAUCUCCUACAGCAGUUCCAUGCCCUAUUGUACCGAAGAUGAAACAAUCUUCAACGCCGAUAAACGGAGUUCAUGAUAGAGAUUUGAUUCGACCAAAUUCACUUGAUGUCAAGAAUGAAGACACAUCAACAGAUGAAGGCCGACAUACAGGAGAAAGCAACCCACCAACACCAGUACGUAAUGCUACUCCACAAGAGCUUUCCGCAAGCCCACAACUACAGGGAUUAUCUCCCAUCACAUCAAAUGUCACCAAUGAUAUGAAACCGAGCGACAUCGCAAUGAGAAUGAAUGGAGCUAGACUUCAACAGGGCGAGGACAGGGCAUCAUCAGGAUUCUGGAGCGGAACAGAAAGCAACCAGCAUUCUUCUACUUCCGACAUUACUGCUGCUCAAAGUGCUGUUAUAACCAAUGCCUUGAAUAAUAUGGUGAAGCAAAAGAAAGGCGGAACUUCACCGAUAUAUUCCAAUUCAUUGGGUAAAGUCAGCCCGAUAGUGGACAACAGGCCGUGGAUUACAAGUUCAUCGAAUUCUCUUUCAACCAUGUCAAUAAACAGCAAACUGAGCACUUUGGAAGACGAUCGAUACCAAAGCACCGCCUCUUCAGUUAUCAGCGUGACUUUGAACCGUUCAUCCAACAACAACAGUACAUUGUCGUUGAACAGCAGCGCAUCUGAUAGUGGGACAGCUAUAUCCGCUGCCGCUAUGCUCAAAAAAUCGCGCAAAGGAAGAAUAAACGGUUCUAGCGGCGCUUACAAUUUUAUGAACUACGAAGCAGAUCCUUUGGAGAACGAAACGGAGAUUUCCAGAACAGUUAAAAAUCGUAGAUCUACCAGAAGCAUGAAACACCGGGGAAUAAAAAAACGCAUGGGUGGUGAUGAUACCAUUUCGAUGUCAAGUAUGGCGGAUUCGUCCCCACAGAACACUGACCCAGAUGCUCAUUCGGUACAUUCUGCGGGAGGUCUUACUAACGACACCACUAGCCUGUGUGAGUCGAUGUUUUCAGUAGAGCAAGAUGGAUACAUUAAUUCUGCAAAUCACGAAAGCGGGAAUACCAAAAGCCAAUCACCAAAUUCGACGAUAUCGGAUAGUACGAUCGCCGCAACACCGAUUGCUCAACAAUCCGUGGAAGUAAAAGUCACUUCACCUAUUGAACAGCAGAAAGCGCAAGCUUUUUUCGGGGAUGAGUUCAAACAUGCCAUAGAAAGCAGAAACAAUUAUAAUUCAUACAACCGUGCUGUUAAUAGCAAUCAUUCCACUCCAAAAUCGUUACUUUCUCCUCGUGGAAAAUCAGCCUCUGUGAAGACUCCAAAACAUGUAGAAUCUCCUGCUUUGAAUUUUCAGACAGAGCUCAAUAAAAGACUUUCUUUGCGACAAACUAGUGAUUCAAAAUCUCCUAAUAAGAAAGGAAAAAUGAAAACACCACCUCCUCCACCUAAACGGGCAUCAAGUUUAUCAAACAGUGCCAGUCCAUCACCGUCAUUGUCUCAUAGAUCAAUUCCCGAAAAAGAAAUAUCCCCAUUGGUUUCAAAUAUUUCUCCAGGAGACAAACUUACGCCAAAAGCCUAUCCGGCUCCGGAGACUCCAUUGAUGUCACCAGAGGUAUUUUACAUGGAAACUCCACCGCCUCCCCCACCGGUUGAUGUAUUCCCCGAUCCACCAACGCCUGACGAAUUACCAGACAUUUCAUCCGAAGUGGCGAUGAUAGAAAAGAAACGUUCAUUAAAAGCACAAAGGAAGAAAAGUAAAUCACCGCCUCCGACGAAGCCUCAACGAACGGCUUCUCAAAGAUCUACCAGCCCACCAUCAAUGAGCCCACCACCACCGCCGCCUGUUCAGGUCGCCCCUAAGUCGCCUGAAGCACUAUCGAUAUCCCCGAAGCCAGAAACUUCACCUAAAAAUGUCACUGCUGCAGCGCCGUACAUGUCAAUCGCAGAACAAGCAGCAGCAAUGGGGAACAAAUUUUCAUUGAAGAAGAAAACAAUACGAGAGAAGCAGGCUAACAUUGAUCCAAGUCCUGUAAAACCAAAGGUCGAGGACAAACCGAAACUCACAAAACAGGCUGCUGUGGAGUCUUCAAACCCGGUUCCAAAAUUACCUGAAGCCAAAGAACAAGCCAAACUUGAUACUAAAGUAGAUGAACACGCACAAAUAGCAACCACUGCUUCUGCCGAAAAAGUUCCACCUCCUACCGCACCUAAAUCAACUUCUAUUAAAGUUACAGCCCCCGUUGUGGCGGAGAAAACAAAUCUUGAGCCAGAACAACUAUCAGAGAGCGUUAAGACAGAAGAUAACAAAUCGCCAGUGAUAAAAGAUAACUCAGCAGUAAAGAUUCCUCCACCUACAGCACCGAAAUCGACUUCAAUCAAACCAACAAAUAAGACUCCGCCAAAAGUGAGCCCCAAACCGACAAGCCCUGCCGAAUCCUCUUUCGAAAAUAAGCGUACACGCGAGCAAUCUCCAUCGUACAGAGCUUCAGUGGCCAGAGCAGCUUUCUUCUCCAGUGUGUCACCACCUGCACCGAAGACGGAAACAAAACCAAAAAAAGUUCCGCUUGUUGAGCCCACAGCCGAGACGACGGAGAAUAAACCUGACGAAAUACCUAUAACUCAUGAAAGUAAAGAGAGUACUGAAAAUCAGAAACCCGAUACCAAUAAGCCAGAAGAUGUGACCGACAAUCAAACUGAAACUACUGAAAAACAAACAGUAUUGAAAGUCGAUAAGAAUGAAAUUGAAGUCGAUAAGGCACUUUCGACCACGGAUGACAGCGAAAAACAAACGAGCAUUCCAGAGCCGAUCGACGAAGCAACAGCUCAAACCCCUGAUAGCGUUGACUGGUUGGAGAAAAUAGAAGAAUUUUCAGGUCCAAAUCGUGCUCCCAGCUCCCCAUCCCCCGAAGUUCCAGCUGAGCAGGAUUCGGCUGCUGCAAGGCUUGGUUUGAAUACGGAAUCUGCAAAACAAUCCCCCAAAUUUUCAACAUACGAAAACCUGAUGUCUGCUAUUCAUAAAUCAAAGCGAGAGACAUUAUCAGGAAAAUCUAUCGGUGCAUCCCCGCCAUCAUCGCCUGGAACAAACAACGAAGCAUUCUCCUAUAAAACGUCAUCAACAAACGGCAACAAAAGUCCUGGAAAUACACUGGAAAGAAAAAGAAACUCAAGACUUUCAAGCAAUGGACAUCGCAACGGAAUAUCACGAAAGAGCAAUGGAGGUACAUCGCGCGAUGACUUCAAGGCGCUUCUGCUACAAAAUGCCUGCAGGGGCACUUCUGGAUCUCAGAUGACUGCGACUGAGAAACUACUACGCAAUAAACCCAGCGCAUCGGCAUUGCUAACUAGACAACGACCUGCAAGCGUAAAUGAUAUCUUGGACAGCAAACCAUCGGAAAAUGAAGAUGACGCAGAUUCAGAGAACACGAGACCAGUCUUUACACUGAGUGAUAUCAGAUCUGCCAUCACGUCCGGAUCAUCUACAACCGGUCGACAAGGAAGACCAAACAGACGUGGAAAUAGAACAGUUGACGCAGGAGCGAGAAACUACGCCACAAUGUCAGUGGUUUAUGGGAAGAAACAUCCACCACCAUCCAUGAGCAGCAAAUAUAACACGAGGAGCCGGACUCCGACUCGGCCAAUGAUGGCAAUUUCUGAAGAUAGCGAAACUGAAAAAUCUCCAGAACAAAUUCAUAAGAUGACAGAAAGGUGAAACAAGUAAAGAAAGACUCGAACAAAAAGUUCCAAAUGGAAAAAAACUCAUAAAGAGCCGAUCUCGGCGCCAUUGUAUGAAAGGCUAAGAACUCUGAUAACAGAAUCGCUUGAGCAAUAAUGAAUCAAUUACUGAUUCACCUGCUUUCAUCAUUCGCGCGUGCUACGCUAAAACAAUCGUUCCCGCUCCCGAGCAUUUGCUUCUCAGACAUGUUCGACAAAAACAUGUGUAAUAACUGCAGUAUGCUGUUGUCUUUAUCUUUGAGAUUAGAGUACUUUAUGCUGUACAUAUCGCAAAUGAAUUGUAUAAGUGUCCUUCAAUUUUUAUCUUACAAUUUUCAAGCCAAUUUAAUAACUGUUUGUUGAAACCCUGAUCCAACUACAUUGUGUGAGUAAUCAACUAAUUAACGUUGGCUAAAAUAUCUUGUUAGUCAAUCUAGCAAAACAAAAUUAAUUUAUAUUCCCCCCAUCGCUGCGCAUUCGUGAGAUUUUCACCAAUUUACAAAUUUAUUUCAACUGCAAAGGGAAUAACUGUCCAGUUAACCUGGCUCAGGCAAGACUUCGGUCGCCUGAAAUUCUGCGGUCGAUAAACGGUUUUUAAAUCUCUACGAAUUAAGAAUAAGUCGGUGACUGCUUGCGUAUAGCCGUGUUCACCGAGCAUGCAAAUCACGAUAUUACCACUUUGUAAGUUUGAAUGAAUAUCGGUGUUCAGAAUUUAAAUUAACUCAAAAUCAUGGGGAAAAUAUUAAUCUAUUUCACUUUAUUCAAGUCAGACCUGGUUGACCUAAAAAUUCCACGAGGGCCUUCUAUUCUUUAUCUAUUUUUUUUUUGCUGAGAAUUUUUCAAAAUUCACUAUGCUUUUUGACCAUAUCAGGCUUAUGAUUCGUUACUCGCAUACUUCUAUACUGGGAUAUUUAUAUUAUGUUUGCACUCAUUCAUAAACUCUCCUCCAAAGUUUGACAUUCCAAACAGACAAUUGAGGUAUGAAUUUAUUGUCAGGAAAAGAGCAACAUUUUUGACAAAUAGAGAACCUUAGUUUCAAUUAUCUGUAUUGUUAAUAGACAAAUUUUAAGCCGAAUUCCGAGUAAGUUGUUAUUUCAAGAUUAUAUUUAAUCGUAUUUUUGUGAGUCCACUUCACCGAGAAUUAGACAAAUUUCUUUCAUUGAAAUUCAUCAUAUUUUGUAUUCAUAUUUACCACAAUAUUUCGGUUAAACUUGUGACCAUCAGAGUUAAAAAUAUAGCUGCGAUUAUGACGGUUCAGAGAAGAAAUCAAAUACUUUUCGAAAUUACGUUUCAGUGUGGUACUAUGGGCAUGGGCUUCUACAGCGCUGGUCACGUUUUAGAGGCAUCAUAUUCUCAAAAACAAAAAAUAUUGGACUGGUAUGAAAGUGGUGUGGAUAUGUUUGUUUUACUUGAUUUUAUUUUAUUCAUUCGUUACUUAUGUCUUUCAAUGCACCUAAUAAAUUUCAAUUGCUUGUCUUGUA